GGGGAGGGCGGGUGUUGCGCCUGUGCCACAGCGAGCCCGUGCCGCUGCCCCGGGGCUCCGAGCGGGGUGGCUCGGCCAGCUCGUUCCUUCCUCCAGCCCGCCUGGCACAGCUCGCACCGGGAAGGGGGGGUCUGGCUCUCGGCGUCCUGAUGAAGCCCAGCUAGGGGAGCACGCUGCCGCCUCAGAAAGUUGGAGGAGAAGAAGGAGGGGGAGGAGGAGGCGAAGCUCUGCACAGCGAUGUAGCCCGGAGCGUGGAACGGCAGCCCGUGGAAGGCACUUCAGCUCCUCGCCGCCCCGGUCCUGGAGCAUGGGCUAAAAACUAUGUUCCUCUCCCGUAUGGAAAAUCAUUGUUUCCUGCUGUUUGUGUUUGUCUUCCAAGCAAUAUUUAUCCUGAUCCUCUACCGAGGCGGACCUUCGCAUGUGUUCCGCGGGUUUUUAGAGUCGCCCCAGGUGGUGGAUUACUCGAAGCCCCACGAUGUGUACACAAACCUCAGCUUGUUCACCCGGGCUCCCAAUGAGGACACGAUGCCCUACUGCUCAGCGCGGUCCCCAGUCCUGGUUGGUCCAUUAACCAUCACCUUCAGCGUGCUCCCUAGUGAAAGGAUGAUCAUAAAAAGAAAUCCUUUUGUUCAGUCUGGUGGCCACUACGAGCCACCUCACUGCUUUCCCCGCUACAAAUCUGCCAUCCUUGUGGCCUACAGGAACCAGGAGAAGUACCUCCACCAUCUUCUCUACUACAUCCAUCCCUUCCUGCAGCGCCAGCAGCUCAGCUACACUAUCUACCUGAUCCAGCAGGUAGGGACUGGUUCAUUUAACCGAGCAAAGCUGCUUAAUGUUGGCGUCCGGGAAGCCAUGAAGGAUGAAGAGUGGGACUGCCUUGUCCUGCAUGAUAUUGACCUGGUGCCUGAGAAUGAUUAUAACCUAUACAUUUGUGAUGAAUAUUAUCCCAAGCACAUGGCCAGUGCCAUAGAUAAGUUUCAGUACACUCUGCCAUACAAGUCCUUUUUUGGGGGCGUGUCUGCUCUGACUCCAGAACAUUACAUGAAGAUGAAUGGGUUUCCCAACACAUACUGGGGCGAUGGUGGUGAGAAUGAUGACAUUGCUACAAGGAUUCACUUGGCAGGAAUGAAAAUAGUCCGGACAUCACCUCACCUUGGCCGCUACCGAGUGAUGGACUACAAUGAAGAGACAGAGAUCCAAGAUCCUUGGAGGAGGUCUUCUUCCUCCCUCAGGCCUCCUGCCCAACACAACACCAGAAAAACAUGGAAAGCUGACGGAAUGAAUACAUUACAGUUCAGGCUCCUUUCCAGGACUAAGCAUCCUCUUUAUACCAAGAUCACUGUGGACAUUGGAUAUGUUCCCCCAUUUUCUUAAAAGACUGAAAACAAAAUUGAGGUUGGGUGCCACAUGGGCAUUCAGCCAAUCUCUCCCAUUUUCCUGUGGCAUCUGCCCCACCUGAGAUUAACCCUUUUGCCUUUCACUUUUCUUCAAACUGUUUCAGAUUUAGAAGAGGCUCCAGGAACAGGGUAUGACAGCUACUGAACAGUCUGUGGCUUACUCUAAAAAUGUCCAAGUCACUGUAUAACUGACUCCUGAGCCAUGUCUGUGACAGUAAGCCAAUCCAAGCUUUCUGGAACCUUUGUUCAGUAGCAGGAUAGCUCUGUCCUGCUUUGUAAUUAAGUGUUAAUUGGGAUGCAAGCCAUUCUGUCAGAUUGGCCUCUGACAUGUUGUAUUUUGAGAAGGUGAUGAAGCCAUUUACUGUUCUAUAAAUAUCUUUUGUGAAUUUGAGUAAAAUAAAUGGAGUUAUGCGUUUGGCUUAAGAGUUUUAUAGAAUAAUGAAUAAGAAUGUAAUAAAAAAGAAAGUUGCCCUGAAACCAGACAAA